UGCCACAUUCCAAUGCACAUGCCAUUUUGCUCUGAUACAAGAAAGAUAUUAAUAGAAACAGCAAAAGAAAUGGAUAUUCCCCAUCAUACUGAAGGAACUAUUUUAACUAUUGAGGGACCACGUUUUUCUACUAGAGCUGAGAGUAACAUGUUUAGAAGCUGGAAUGCUGAUUUGAUAAACAUGACUACUGUUCCAGAAGUAGUUCUUGCAAGGGAGAUAGGAAUACCUUAUGCAUUAAUAGCAAUGGCUACUGACUAUGACUGUUGGUAUAGCAGAAGUGAAGCGGUAAAUAUUUUUGUAAUUGUAUUUUAAUCAUUUCUCUGCU